AUGUCGACUGAUAUAAAUGAAGAUUUAGAAGACGAAAUAAGCCUAACUGACAGGUUUGAAAAAUACUAUUUGUUGGUUGUUGUAUGUCUCGGAAGCUUGGGAAAUUGUAUAUCAGUGUUGGUGUUUUUCGGCACAAAAUUACGAAAACAAUCAUCAUCAUAUUAUUUAUCUUCGUUAGCAAUCAGUGAUACAUUAUUUUUAUUAAUACAACUGAUGCCUGUGCUAUCCAAAGUUGGAAUUGGGAUAUACCACAUGCAAGGUUUUUGUCAAUUUUUCGUCUACUUAGCUCAGGUAAAACAAAUACUACAAACAAUAACUGCAGUACUAUCAGAAUUUUCAAAAAGUGGGGUUGGAUCAAAACAAACUACCGUUAACGGAACUUGGAAAGAAGUUCAUGAACUCAUACCAAUUGCACACAGUUAA